AUGCUAUCAGCGUCCGACAGUCCAGGUGAAUGUAGGCUUCCUCCAGAACUGCUGGACGUCGUUAUAGAUCACCUGCAUGAUGAUCCUACCACCCUCCGCUCUCUUGCAAUGACAUCGACCCAAUGCCUUCAUUCGAGCCGAGUCCACCUUUUCUAUCAGAUUCAAUUGAUGCAUCAUCCAAGCGCGGAAUACCACCAAACCCCUUCACGUGUCUUGGACAAGUACUACCGUCUCAACAAGAUUUUAGACACAUCACCUCGCUUGCGUGGGUACAUCCGCCACUUGAUCAUCCAUCGCGCAGAAUAUUCGCAUUGGGUCUGGUACCACAUAGAGCCCGUAGUCGUCCAGAUCCUGGGUAAACUCAACAAUGUGUCCAUUCUCUCUCUCCGGCGCGUCGACUUUGCGUGGUUAUCUCAAUUUGUCCGUUCUCCGCUACGUUCAAUGACGUUGGGGACGGUUGUGCGGCUUGAGCUUCAUUCGUGCCAAUUUCAUAAUUUUGACGAAUUUUUUCAUCUCAUUGCGGGCUCUAACAUUAAGCAACUGAAAGUGAAGGAGGUAUCUUGGGGGGCUCGGUGGAUAUCCAGCCUCCCAUUCCGGGCUCAUACAACUAUCCUUGAGUCUCUUCACAUUGGAGAUGACUGCUUGGAUGUUUUUACGCCAACUCUCUUGGCAAGCGACUCGCCACUUAGCCUUCAAAGGCUCUCUAAACUUUCCAUCUCGCCGAUGGGAACUUACCAAACUGCGGCGAAAGUCAUUGAACACUCGAGGCUUACUUUGGAAGAAUUGGAGGUGGCCGUUACUGGGAGUCGUGGCAACAACCUUCCCCUGCAUAUCCUGAGGCCUUCCGACAUGAUUUGCCUUCGCCAGCUCAAACUCACGCACGUACGCCAAUCCGAAGGAUACAGCCCCAUACGAUGCAUAAUGAGUUUGCUCUCUCAGAUCCAUCAUUGUGAUGGACUUGAGGCAGUUAGCUUCAUGGUCAUCGUUGAAGCUCCCAUUGCAAAGAUGGAUUGGAGCAAGUGGAGAGUCGUCGACGAGGUGUUGGCGGGGUUGUUUGAUGCGCGACGUUCUUUGAAAUCGGUACACAUUGCGAUGUCUGGGGACGCCAGUGACGCUGACGUUUGGGGGCUGUUUGACAAGUUGCCUGAAUUGCAUCGCCGCAGGCUGCUGUGGAUGACAUUGAACAAUACGGGGGUUUAG